AUGUUCCUAAAAAAAAAUCAAGAUAAUUGGCAAUUUUCUGGUUUAACUAUUGAAGAAUGUAAAAUAGCAAUAAAUAAUGAAUGGGAUAAUGAAAAUAAUAAUUUAAUAUUAAAUUAUUACAUUAAACAUCGAAAUUUUAAAAAAAUAAAUGUUUUAAAAAUAAAAAAAUCUGAAUUAAAUAAAUCACUUGAUAUUCUUGACAAAAUUAAUGAAAAAAAUAGAAAUACAUUUAAAUCAUUAUCUGAAGAUUUUGAAAUAAAUAAUAUAAAUAAUUUAGAUAAUAAAUUUUUAUCAUGUAGUACAAAAAAAGAAGAUCUCUUAAAAAAAGUAACACCAGAAUUCUUGAAUAAAUUUUUGGAUAAUUUUCUUCAAAAAAAAGGUGAUGAGAAUUUAGUAGAAAAAAAUCUUAAUGGAUGGUUAAAAGGAGAAGAUCCUUUACUUAACCAAGAUAAAUUAAGAGGAUAUAUAUCUGGUGCUAAAGUUAUAGAAAAAAAAUCAGAACUUGAUAAAUCAUUAGCUGAUAGUUUUGCUAAAAUAAAUGAUACUACUAUAAAACUCAAAAAAGAUGAAGAAUUAAAACUUAAAAUAGUUGAUGUUAAUGGACCAGGAAUUCUUUCUAUUCUAACAGGUAGUGAAUUAGCAGCCGAUGCUGAAAAUCAUCAUAAUACCUGGUUACAAUAUAGUAAUGCACAUUUUCCAAAUACAAGUUAUCAAGUAGUACAACCACUAAUAAUUAGAAUGGAAUAUAAUACUUUAUUAAUGAGUGCUACAUUUCCUAAAAAAAACUUUUCUAUAUCAACAUCAAAACCAAGAAAAGUAUAUUCUAUAACUAAAUUUUUUAAUCAAACAGAAUGGGAAAAUGAAAAAAUACAAAUAUUUUUUAGAACAACUGCAAAUGAAUAUUCUAGAAAAAUAAAUGGUGAAGAAGAUACUGAUGCUAAACCAAUAUUAAAAUCAGAAUUAACAUCAAAAAAAUUUAAAUUAUUAGAAGAAAGUGAUAUAUCCUUUGUAAUAUUUGAUAAUACAAAUUCAUCUGCUAUAUCUGGUAUAACUGAAGGAAUGCCAUCUGAACCAGAAGCAGAAAGAUGGAUUUAUAAUGAAAAAGAUGUUCAAUACUUAUCAGUUACAAGUAUGGUCCAACAAAUAGGUCAUGUUGGACAUUUAAAAAAAGAAAAAGCUUUUUUAACUACACAACAAUUAAAAGAAUUAAUACCAAGUGAUAAUAUUGUAUUUCAUCUAAUAAGUGGAACAAUGCUUCUUUUAAGUGAAGAACUAAUGAAAAAAUUAAACACAUUGAAAGCUGUUAUAAUUGGUGUUAAAGGAAAUCCUAAACUAAGUUUUGCUAAUCAAAUAUGUCCUAUAUAUGAUAAUUUACAAGAUCCAGAUGUAAAAGAUCCAAAUUUAUGGGUUUUACAUACAGAAG